AUGCACCGAGUAGUAUUACACAUCUAUGGGCAAGAAGGUAUCCGUUUAUGUAUAUCCGAAAAGAUUAAUAGAUACCUUUCUAUAAAUGUGUCGCCAUCAGAUCCAUUGCCCAAAACUAUCUGCAAUAACUGUUUGGAACGUCUUGAAAAUCAACACAGGCCGCUGCACAAGUUCGACAAUCUUACGAAGAGGUUUCGCACCAUGAAUUGGCCCGUACGCAGCCCGGAUCUUAAUCCACAU